AUGGACAAACUUACUGUUAUAUCGGGGACUUUGUUCUUAUUGGCUGAUGUAUUUGCAAUUGUCAGUUUGGCGAUGCCUGACUGGAUCAUAACCGAUGUAGGAGGUGAUACCAGAUUGGGUUUGAUGUGGACGUGUAUGACCCUCUUUAACAGACCACAAGUGUGUUUCACUCCUGAUCUGAGACUCGAAUGGUUAUUGGCUUUAGUCAGUAUUUUCAUUGGGUGUAUAUGUAUAACUACCACCAUAAUUUUGCUGGCCUCUUCACAUUGGGACCGAAAUGUUAUACCAUAUGCACGUUGGGUAGGAUUUACUGCCAUGGUACUAUUUUGUUUUGCUGCCGUUGUGUUUCCCAUGGGUUUCCAUAUACCAGAGAUUGGCGGUCAACCAUAUCAACUACCAAAUAGUCAUCAAGUUGGCAUUUCAUAUAUUUUAUUUGUGUUGUCACUCUGGGUGACUGUAAUAUCUGAGUUAUUUGCUGGGAAAGUAUGUUUACCCCAUUUUUAA